UUAAUUAAUUAUUAAUGCCAAGUGUGUUGAAAUAUUCCGGGUCAACCAUUAUGACUGUUCUUCCUAACAGAAAUCAAUGACGAGGACUUGAGAGAUAUCGUAAUCACAGAUGACGAUUUUGAUGACAGAGGCGUUGCAUAUAACAAUCAAAAUCCAGCAGUCUUUACAGGGGUUAUUGAAAUUGAGGAGGUAAUGCCUGAAGAAAGACCACGGGCCAACGGGCAGCCAAUUGUGCUGCGAGACGUCCCCACCGUCACGAUUGAAACAGAAUUUAGGCAGCCGGUACAGCAUAUGCAGUCAAGAGAUGAAAACGCUGGGCACCCCACGGCUACCCUACAAAUGACUGCCGAGAUUGAGCCUGCAGCAUCCACAGAAAACGGUCAGGAGCCUAUCCAGGCCCUCGCUGAUUCAGAAGAAGAAGCAGAAGAAGAGGAAGAAGAAGAAGAAGAAGAAGCAGAAGUAGAAGAAGCAGAAGAAGAUGGUGUAGUGGUUCUGAAUGCAGCUGAAGAUGGCGAUGAAGUGGAACUUAAUCUUUCAGAAAUCCUUGCCCUCGAAAGAGCAUCUGAGCAGCAGCAGCAGGAAAUAGUUGAACAGAACAUUACAGAGACCGUCUCUGUGCAAACUCAACCUCAGGACAUGGAGAUUGAGCCUGAACCUGUCGCCAGGACCUCGCGUCCCCCUGUACGAUUCAGAGGACGGAGGGGUAUUCAUCGAGUGAGAUAUGUCAGGGAGAGGCCUGAACCCGUCAGAGAUGCUGUACUGAGGGGCAAUCGCCGACACCAGCGAGUGAGAGAUCCGGAAAGCAAGCUGGAGAUCCUCCAAAAGCUGCUGACAAUUGUGCAGACAAUUCUUCAAAUGUAAAAGUUGUAAGGU